UCAUAGAAAUAUAUAGUUUCCUCUCUCCUCUCUGUGUCUCACUUAAUGGAGCUUUUCAUAACAAUAUGUUUUUUGUUAUUUUUCUGCAUAAUCUCCUACUUCUAUAAGAGGUUUUUUCAAAUAAGAAACCAGUGCUGCUACAUGUUAGCGUAUGAGUGUUUCAAGGCUAGUGACGACAGAAAGCUUGACACUGAAGCCUGUGUAAGAGUUGUCAUUCGGAACAAGAAUCUUGGUCUAGACCAGUAUAGGUUUCUCUUACAGACAAUGGUCAAUUCAGGUCUUGGUGAAGAAACUUAUGGCCCAAGAAAUGUCCUUGCCGGCAGAGAAGAAACUCCCACUCUAGAGGAUGCACACUCAGAGAUGGAUGAGAUUAUGUUUGACACACUUGACAAGCUCUUUGCUAAGACUGGAGUCUCUCCAUCCGAGAUAGAUAUACUCGUUGUGGAUGUGUCACUGUUUUCUCCAGCGCCCUCCUUAACAGCUCGAAUUGUAAACCGAUACAAGAUGAGGGAUAACAUUAAAACCUUCAGCCUCUCCGGAAUGGGUUGUAGUGCAAGCAUGGUAGCUGUAGACCUCGUGCAGCACUUGUUCAAGACUCACAAGAAUGCAUUCGCAAUUGUUGUGAGUACAGAAACAAUAGGUCCGCAUUGGUACUGUGGCAAAGAAAAAUCCAUGAUGCUGUCUAACUGCCUGUUUCGAUCUGGAGGGUGUUCGGUGCUCUUGACGAACAGAAGAUCUCUCAAGCAUCAAGCUCUGAUGAAAUUAAGCCAUUCAGUACGAACCAAUAUGGGCGCAAAUGAUGAAGCAUAUGGAUGCUGCAUACAAAUUGAAGAUGAGCAAGGGUACCAGGGUUUUCUUCUCACAAGAAGCCUAACAAAAGCUGCUGCUAAAGCUUUUACCUUGAAUCUUAAAGCUUUGGUACCCAAAAUCUUACCAAUAAGUGAACUACUUCGGUUUGCUAUAGUAUCUCUCUGCAAAAGUAAGAGAAAAAGCUCAACUCCUGAAUCGGCAAAAGCAGGUUUGAAUCUCAAGACUGGUAUUGAGCAUUUCUGUAUUCAUCCUGGUGGAAGGGCAGUGAUUGAUGGUCUUGGAAUGAGUUUAGGGCUCAGUGAAUAUGAUCUUGAGCCAUCUAGAAUGGCGCUUCACCGGUUUGGAAACACAUCAGCUGGCGGCCUGUGGUAUGUUUUAGGUUAUAUGGAAGCCAAGAAGAGGCUCAAGAAAGGUGACAGGAUUCUGAUGAUCAGCCUUGGAGCAGGUUUCAUGUGCAACAACUGUGUUUGGGAGGUAACAAAGGACUUGGAAGAUUCUAACGUAUGGGAAGACACUUUAGAUCGUUACCCCGUCUCCAGGGAAAACCUGGUAAACCCUUUUACUGAGAAGUAUAGCUGGAUCAAUGAUGAGUGUCUGAACUUUGUUAGGAUGGACUAGAAAAAUCAAUCUUUCCUGCAUUUUCGGAUUUCUAUAUUUAUGUUUUAAACUCCUCCCAUUUGUUGCAUUAGGUUUCAUUCUUGAAUAAGAAGUUGCCAUUAUCUAGAACAGAUCAACAGGACAAGUGUAACCCAUUUCACAUUUUCUACCAUAUUUGUGCUAUCAUAAAGUUUCUGUAUUCAUUUAUCAAUUACAUUAAUGUUAUGAUAAAGUUUAUGUUUGCAUAUCAUCUAGCAUAUUGUUGUUGUUGCU